AUGCACGGUCACAACCCCCUAUCGGACAAAUCUCUCUUUCGCUCGCCGCGCCUUUUCUACCGCGCCGUUGAAGAUAACGAGGAGGACCGCGCCUUCCUCCAGCACCAAAUCCUCAACGACCCCACCAUCCAAACCGUCAGCACCAUGCGUUUGAAGUGUCCGCUUCCAUCCGGAUCGGCCACCGAGUUCAUCAAGGCCCUCCAAACCAGCAUCCUCGGCGUGAUGAUCUGUCUUCCCCCUGUCAGUGACGGCGAUGAAACUGCAGGAACGCCGCCCGACGUUCACGACGCUAUCAGCACGAUCAGCACCACCACACCGCAACCCAGGACGGACCCGAACAAAAAACCAACUCCGAUCGGCCACCUCGGCUUCUUCAAUCCAUGGGGUUCGAACCUCCAUCAUCACCGGAACGCCAUGCUGGGGAUCUCUCUGGCGGAGGGAUACCGGGGGCGGGGGUACGGUGCCGAGGCGGUCAAUUGGGCGCUGGACUGGGCGUUUGUGCAUGCCGGGCUGCAUCGCGUGAGUCUGGGGGCGUUUGCAUUCAACGAAACUGCGGUGAAGUUGUAUCGGCGCUUGGGUUUUGUGGAGGAGGGUCGCGAGCGGCUGGCGCUGUUGUAUCGAAGGAGGUGGCAUGACGUUAUCAAUUUCUCGAUGUUAGAGGAGGAGUGGAUGGCGUUGAGAGGGAUGGAGUGA